ACCGCAACCGUUAAACCGGUCAACUAAAAGCGGACCUCUCUUGAAAGCGCUCUAAACUGACAUCAGCUUUCCGUUGGCAACACGCGACCCGGUAGCCAUCGCAAUUUCUUCGUCUUGCAUUACCAACCGUUCAGUGAGCACUUGCCGCCCAAACUCGAUGAUACAGCCGAAACGACUAACAUUCAGCUCUCCCGCUAUGAUGGCAAAGGAAGUAAAAGUGCUUGCCGUCAAACCGCUGAAGCCGGAAAAGGGCCAGCAAUCGGAACCGGAGGAACAGAUGGAAGAGAUAACGAACGACAACAUGGGCAACACCACCGGGGGCAGCAGCAGCAGCAGCACCGCCAUCACCACCACCACCAUCAGCCAGGACAAAAAUGGCAAAAAUGGCAAAAAGACCUACGAGCAGAUGAUGAUCGAAGCAAUCACCGAGAACGAUCCGCACCGGAAGGGCAUUUCGUUUGCGUUGAUUAAAAAGUUUAUCAAGGGCAAGUACCAAAUCGAGACCGAGGUGGCUGCGGUGUACAUGAAGCGAGCGUACGAAAAGCUGACCACCAAGUCGAUCGUUGAGCGGGUGUCGGGAAAGAGCGGUAUCAAUGGCAGCAUCCGCCUCACCAAAGCGCACGUAGACAAGGGAAGGAAGCAACAGAGCAAAGGGAUCAAGCAGGCCGAGAAAGCAGCAAAGAAGGCGGCAAAAACGAAACCGAAAGCGAAGAAGCAGGCGGAUCCUAAACCGAAGCAGACCAAAAAGGAUAAAAACAACAAUGACGGCGAGAAGAAGCAGAAAAAGGAGAAGCCGGCCAAGGCGAAGCCCGCGCAGCCCGUCAAACUAAAUCCGAAGAAAACCGCCAUUACGAAGACGAAAAUCGACCGUUCCGGGGGGAAGGUACGGCUUUCGAUUGUGUCCUCCACGGAUCCGGGGCCGAGCGGUAGGGCGAAACCAACAUCCAAGGCAGCGAAGGGGGGGAAGGCUGCUAAGACUAAGAGUGACGAAAUGAACAGGAAACCAACGGCCGCCAAACCGCAACCUGUCAGGGCGGGCAGAGAGAAGAAGCAAUAGAAGGAGGUUGGUUUUACGCUCGAACACGUUACCAAGGGAUUAUUUAAUUUAUUACGUAUUUGUGUGAUUUUACGAUGUAUGCGUGCCAUUUUAUGUGCGAAUAAACUAUGUAAUUAUUAACAUGAGAAAGGAAA